AUGCAACCGUUUUUAUCCGCCUUCGUUACUGCCAAUGCUCUGCCUGUCACCCCAGCUGGUUGGACAACAACAAGAUUGAAGGCCCUCUGCCAGCUGGCAUUUGCUCGCUGCCCUGGCUGUGGCGCCUCACGGCAUAGUGUGUGCUGUGCUGCUGGCAGCUUCAUUAGCAACAACUCCCUCUAUGGACCCCUUCCAGACUGCCUCUUUGACAAGUGUAUCACACAAAUUGAUGUGAGCGGCAACAGCCUGUAUGGGCGCAUCAACCGCGACUUCAAGAACAUGGUGACGACCAUGGGUGCCCCCGCCCGCGACUUUGAGUACAUAGCGGCGGAUGACAGUCCCAUUGUCAACUUGGCUCACAACUUCUUCUUUGGAGAUGGGGUGCUCUUUGCUCUCGGCUGCAAGGUCUGCCCCACUGAGAUCAACAAGCCCAACAACCUGGGCAUAAGGGACAGCUUUGCAUGGCGAGAGCUUGGUGGCAAGUGCAACUUUCUUGCUCCAAAUAUGCCGGCGAGGGUGAGUCUGUCGGGCAACUGCCUGACCCUCACCCUGAACAACCAGUGCUCAUCCAACGCCACCCAGCGCAGCACGGCAGCCUGCCAGGCGUUCUGCAGCAUCACGGACAACGGCCCGUGUGACGGCCAUGGGGCGUGUGUGCCAGCUGACCCCGCCUCCCCCUCCAACUUCACGUGCCUCUGCGAUGCGGGGUACACCACAGUUGACUCGGGCAACGGCUCCUCCACAUGUGCCAUCGUCCACUCCACCACCAACACCAACACUGUGUCGUCUCUGUCGACGGGUGCCAUAGUGGGCAUUGUUCUGGGCUGCUUUGCGGGCUUCUCCCUGCUGGCUGCGGUGGUUGCAUGGCUGCUGUGGCCCCGCGGACAGAAGAAGUGGGAGGGGUUGGACGUGUGUGAGCAGUUCACGCUGCAGCAGAUGCUGAAUGCCACCAACAACUGGUCGGAUGACAAUGUGCUGGGCAAGGGCGGCUUUGGCGUUGUCUACAAAGGCCGCUCGCCACAGGGCCAGCUGUGGGCCAUCAAGCGCUCCACCAUCAUGACCAACGACUUUGAAACGGAGGUGCGAGCCAUGGCGUCUCUCCACCACACACACCUCGUGCGCCUGCUGGGCUUCUGCCUUGACCAGAACGUGGAGACGGGCAAGCAGGAGCAGAUCCUCGUGUAUGAGUUCAUGGCCAACAGGGACCUCGAGUACCAUAUCCACAGGAGCAAGCGUCCACUCUCGCUGCGCCAGAGGUUGCGCCUGGCACAGGGAACAGCAGAGGGCUUGGCAUACCUGCACGGGUUCGACACACCCAUCGUUCACCGCGACAUCAAGCCGGCUAACAUCCUUGUGACUGCCGACAUGCAAGCCAAGGUGGCUGACUUUGGGCUGCUCAAGCGCCUCACUCACGGCGAUGCUGAUGCCACUCGGGUGGCCGGCACUCCGGGCUAUGCUAUGAAGCUGGUGGAGGCGUAUGAGGUGGAUGAGCUGAGGGACAGCAAGAUGCCGGCGGCAAGCGAGGAGGCCAUAGUGGACAUUGCAGACCUGGCUCUGGACUGCAUCAAGUCUCCCGGCACACGUCGACCCACCAUGAAGGAUGUGGCAUACCGCCUCAGCGCCCUCAUUGCCAAGCACUGCCCCGACAGGGAGGACGAGUGGGAGAGUGUCGCGAAAGAAGAGAGUGAAGGCAACGAGGGUAUGUCUUCAAGGGAUGUUUCUUCUACAUCGCUUGAAGACAGUGGGAGGGAGUCUGGCAGGUCUCAAGGCUCGCAGUCUGGUGCGAGCUCAUUCAUGCGCAUUGGCUCGAUAGGUGAUGGCCUCAAGAGUUGGCUGCAAUUGAAGCCAUCCAUAGGGCGUUGA